AUGUUACAGAGACUAAUACUGUGCGUGCUGCUGUGGCAGGGGUGGAGCUUCGCCGCCGACUCUGAGAACCUGGUCGACCUGACGGGGGAGACCGUGAAGCAGGUGGAGUCACUCCUGGCGAAGGACCCCAAGUUGCCGCGCCUCACCAGAGGCGAGAUAAUAUCCCUGAUCGAGGAGGUCCGCAAUGUGUCAGACUCUAGGAAGGACAAGUCGCUCCUCGUCGUGCUGCCCUACAACGGAACAGAGAGCCACCUGGAGGACCUCUUCACCAAAGCUCCUAUUACCAAACUGAUCGGCGAGUCCGUCACCACCAAGAGGCCCAAGAGGAAGAGGAAGCCUACGAGGCCUAGGCCAGUCUACGUCCACUCUACUUCCUCGGAAGGCGAAUCUUCCUCCACUUCAGGAAUCGACACCGCGGCUACUGCGUCCACAACUCCAUCUUAUUUCUCAAACAGUAUACCUUCCUCUUCGAAUUCGGAACCGUUCAAAUCCAAACCGUACACAGAUGAUUUAGUGCUACCUAAGCCAUACAAAGAGGCCUUGUAUGAUAUAUCGGUGUCCCCAGAAGCGGAACCCGAUCACAUCUUCGUGACUCCAGGACCGACCACUAGAGGAACAGCACCGCCUGUUCCAAAAGACGUCGCAAACACUGCUGAAGCUCUCACUCCGGAUCUCAAGAACGUCCUCAAUAAUAUCGGCCUAAUUGGUGACAAGACAACAGAAAAAUCUAUAUUCCAUUUGAAGGCAAUGGCACCAAGUGUCGAUGUCAGUUCUUAUUCGAGAUUCAAACCCCUUCCGACGGGUACCGAUGUCAGCGACGACAUGAAGUCCUUUUUGAAAUCGUUCGGUUUACUGGAACCACCUAGCCGACAGAAGAAAGCCAUGAGGGAUCCACCGAAACAGGAAGAUUCCUUUGUAAAUGAAGAAAUGCUUACGGACGACAUGAAAGAUAUCUUGAGAAAUAUUGGUCUUUUAGGAAGGCAGGAUAAGAAGAUGCACAUAUUCAACCCUCAGCUGGAAUCAUCAAGGCUGAAUCAGACUGAGCACAUGAUUAAAAUAAACAAGAUUCUUAAGAAGCUAAGAGAGAUCUCGGAAGGUAAUAACCAGAAUCUGACCCAGACUGAGCUGAAGGAACUCGUUCAACUUGAAGGAGGAGACGAAUCCAAUAAGACACUGCUAGACACAGAUCCAGGCAUUCUACCUGGAGAAGAGUAUCAGAACAUUGGUGUGGUUAAGAACGAGGUUAAGAGACAACAGCCGAAUGAAGCUGGUACAUCCGAUUCGGCGGCCACAUCCUCGAGUUCUUCCUCCGAUGAUGGCGCUGAGACAGAGACGAGCACGGGUGGCGAUGCUACGGACAGCCCAGUGACCGCAGAGCCCGUACCCUCCGAGGACAGUAGUGGACCCUCUGCUUCUGCGACGGACGUCGUGGCUGCGUCCUCGGACGCCACUGAGAGGUCGCCUUCCCUCGACGACUUGGCGGACUCCUUCGGCGGGGAGGCUCCAAUGGAGGUUUCUACCAAGCGACCUAACGGCUUCUACUUCAUGCUGGACUGGAACUCCUUCCUGGACGUUGGCUUGGAUGAGAGAAAGGUUUCCAUAAAUUUCUCGCCCAAAGUUGGAGACCCGAGGAACUUUAUUCCAGUAAAAAUACCUUAGUCAAUAUGGCAAGUUUGUAGCAUUUUCUUUAAAACUUUGUAUUCCGUAUUUUAUUUGACCGGACAAAAAAAAGUGUUUUUUCAUAAUAAAAAUAAAUAAAUAUAUUUUCGUUCAUAGAAAUAGAAAAAAAAUUGAGAACGUUAAUUUUCUGGUCAUAUAAAAUUCAGUUGGAUAUGAAGUUUUAUUUUCAUCAAAUCGCUACAAUGCAUUAAUUGACAUUGACACAAAAUCACAAUCCAAAGACUUGCUGUUUUUGUGCCACUGACUUCACGAUGGCCUCCUCUGACCAUCUAAUCUAAAUUACUU